ACGAGUUUACGAAAGGCUUGUGUGGCCUGGAAAAUGAAGAGACCAAUGCAGCGCUUUGGAUGGAAGCGAACGACUGCUCGAGGCGCUAAGCUAAACGGACUCUUCCCCAGCAGUGAUAGCAAAUUGAACCCGGAUGGAGCCUACGCAGCAUAUUCGCUACUCAAUGCUGAUGCGCCAGCGCCAAGCAGUGCCAUAUCAAUGGUGACACCUCCGCUGGGCCAUAUUGCGCACUCUUGCGUUGUCAAUUUCUACGCAUAUGUUGCCAACGAUUUAUCAUCGGUUCUCACUUUCGGAGUACUGGCCACAUCAGGACCUGGUAAUCUUUCUAGAGACGUCUUUGAGCUUGCCCAGCUGCGUGGUAACUCGAACAAAAGCCGAUGGACAGAGCUCAGCGUAAAGAUCGGCAACUGGCAUGCAGGAUCUAGGCUUUUUUACCGCGCAAGCAGUGUGGGUGUGUGUGUCGACCGCCCGAAGUACAUCAACUGCCAUCCAGACACACAAAGCGAAGGAUCUGUAUUGACAGAACAGGUGAGCUGUGAUUUUUCGAACCCCAAGAGCUGUGGCUGGUUCCCAGAGCGUCAAGCCGCCGAUAUUGAGUGGGUCCUGUACACUGGCGGAAACGGCAUGCCUCGACCUAUGUGGCAACCCCCUUUUUCGAUAGCACCAAACGGUUCAUUCCUGGUGGCGCGAAGCAAGUUCCCUGUGACAAAGAAGGCUCACCUUGUUUCAAUCAGCAUUAGUCCCACACCAGAAAGUGGCAGAUGCUUCACCUUUUGGUACAACAUGUGGCAUCCGAACAGCGGAGAGCUAAACCUACUUCAACGUGCACACACUAAUUCAACCAGCUUGAUCUGGCGUCGCGUUGGACCGCAGGGCAAGGAGUGGCGCCUUGGUGUUGUUCAACUGUACAGUGAUGAGCCGCACCAGCUGGUCAUAGAGGCUGUCCUGAAACCGAACAUACCUGGCGUAGUGGCCAUUGAUCUUUUCACCCUCAAGGAUGGUCCAUGUGACACCAACAAAGUGUGCACCUUCGAGUCUGGCAGGUGUGGUUGGCAGUUUCAUAACUGGGAACUGACAAAAAGCAACACUGUCGCAUUACCUCUCGUAGACCGCAGCACUCUAACACCUUCAGGUAGUUUUGCCUUGGUAAAGUCUCCAGGAGGGCGCAUGGUAAGCCCCCAGGGCUGGUUCGAUACGACACAAAACAAGUGUCUUCGCUUCUGGUUCUUCCUCACCGGCACCGGGUCUGAGACUCUUAACGUAAGCCGGGUACUAAACAAUAACCACGAGGAGUCCCUGUGGUUUCAAACAGCAAAGGACACGCCAUUGAAGCUCUGGUAUUCUGCGGCGGUCAACCUUAGUGGACAUCAAGGAGAUGUUUUCACCGUGUUCGACGGGGAAACUUCCGGUGACCCCAGCACUGCCGUAGCCGUCGACGACAUUGCACUUGGAGACACGCCUUGUGCUACAGCAGGCAGCUGUUCCUUCGAGGAAGACAUGUGCAACUGGUACAACAGCAGAGGCCUUGCCUACGCGCAGUGGUACCGACACAAAGGCUACACCGUGUCCCGGCUGAGCAGGUUGGAGAAAGACCACACACUGGGCACUAAAGAUGGAUACUACAUGCUUCUGGACGCCGAGGACCAAGCCGCAGUACAGCUUGGCGUCUUGCAGAGCCAGGUUCUUGCCCUAGGUCCCAUAGCAUGUUUCCAGCUUUAUUACUACAUGGAAAAGGAAAAAGCCUGGCUGAACGUCACUUUCGUUGAAGGAUCUGGGUCUCUCUCUGGCAAACACACUACAGUUCGUUCGACGAGUUCUCUCAAGUGGACAUUGCUCUCUGUGCAGUGGGACGAUCUGCCUGAUACGUUUUGGGUUGUGAUCACAGCGACGGCUGGCAAAUUUGUUGGUAACGUUGCCAUAGAUGACAUUUAUGUGCGCUCUGGCAAGUGUGAAACUGCAUCAGAAGCCACCACAAGUUCCGCAGCAUCGUCAGAUGUUCCUCAGCAGGCAUCCACAGAGCAAACUAUGAGCCCACCAAACACAGAAGAAUCAACCAUUCUAACAAAGAUGUCACUGAAAAAGGUGUGACAAAACCAGGAACCCCACUCACAACGAACCCAUCACCAGAAUGUCCUCGUGGCGAAUUCAGCUGCCGAGAUGGUGCAACCUGCAUUCCAGCUUUGCUAAGAUGUGAUGGCAUUUCUGAUUGCCCUAACGGACUGGACGAAAUA